AUGUUGUUCGCAAUGGGAUUCGCAGCAUUGCGAUUUAUGCAAAUCAUCACCCUGAUUCCGACAAUGGGCAUGCUCGCCUGGUUCGUAGACGGUUUUGUCAAGGCCAACGUCGUCGUCCCCAACUACAUCCUCGUCCUCUUCAUCGUCUCCGUCCUCGCUCUCGCAUGGGCCAUCUUCACCCUCUUCAGCUACCACCGCAGCAGCACGAAUGCCCUCUUCGUCGCCGUCAUCGACCUCGCCUUUGUCGGCGCCUUGAUCGCCGCCGUGUGGUACCUCAGACAUAUCAACCGCAUGGACUGCGUCAACAUCUCCCGCAACGGCCAAUGGACUGUGACCUUCCCCGAGUUCUUCUCCUUCUCUGGCCCGCGCCUCGAUGCCUUCUUUGACAAGCCCUGCGCCAUGCUCAAGGCUUCGUGGGUGUUUGGCAUCAUCAACUGCAUUCUCUUCUUCUUCAGCGCCGUCCUCGCCUGGAUGCACGGCGACCGCCUCUCCGCGAGCUACGAGCGCAAGUCAUACCACCACGGCCGUCACCGCCGCCACCGCAGCCACAGCCACCACAGCCGUCGCAGCUCCCACUCUCGUCGCCGCGUCUAUGUCUAA